GCUGAGGAGGACGUGCUGGAACCGGAGCUCAGGAUCUGCGAUCCGCACCACCAUCUCUGGGACCACAGCGGCGACAAGAGCCAGUUCAUCGUCACGCUUGUCGCGGGCGGCGAGGUCGCCCGCUAUCCCAAAGCUUAUCUGCUGCCCGAGCUCCUGCGCGACGUCGGCGGCGGCCACAAAGUGGUCUCCACGGUCUACGUGCAGGCCGGGAGCUACUACCGCGCGUUCGGCCCGCGGGAGGAGGCGUCCAUCGGCGAGGUCGAGUUCGCGCAGGGCAUGGCCGCCGUCGCCGACAGCGGGUGUUACGGACCGACCCGAGCCUGCGCGGCCAUCGUCGGCUCUGUGAAUCUCGCGGACCGGUCGGCCGAGGCCGUGCUGCGGACGAUGAUGAAGCAGCGCAACUUCCGCGGCGUCCGCGUCGCGACGCCGGAGCUGAGCGAGGACUUCCUGGCGGGCGUGGCGCUCCUGGAGAAGUACGAUCUCGUCUACGAGUUCUGGGACGAGGACUUUGCGACGCUGCCGACGCUCGUCGAGCUCGCGGGCCGCUUUCCCACGGUCGUCUUCGUCCUCGACCACUGCGGCGGGAAGCUGGGGCCGUCGACGGACCUCAGGGACUGGGGCGCGCUCCUCGGCAUCGUGGCGGCGAAGUGCCCGAACGUCGUCUGCAAGGUCGGCGGGCUUCUCGGUCCGAAAAACGGCUUCGAGCUCCACGCGCGCGAGGCGCCCGUCGGCUCCGAGGAGCUCUGCGACCUGCUCUUCCCGUACUACGCCGUCGCCAUCCGCGCCUUCGGGCCGUCGCGGUGCAUGUUCGAGAGCAACUUCCCCGUCGACCGCAUGGCCGCGUCCUACCGCGUCCUCUGGAACGCGCACAAGCGCGUCUGCUCGCGCCUCGAGCUCGGCCCCGAGGAGAAGCGCGAGAUCUUCCACGACGUCGCCGCGCGCACCUACCGGCUC